GGUAUAGCCUGAAACAAAAAGGCCAUGCAUAGACUUUCAUUUCUUCCAUUGUUCUCACUCUUCUUCUUCUUCUUCCUUUUCUUCUCCUUUAGUAUUACUUCUGUUUCUGCAACACCGAGGCUCGGAGCAUUUCGAAGUUUCGGAAAAUCCGAAAUACUCAAAACUGCAGCCACAACUGCUACUAUUGACGACUUUCAGACAUUCUUGUAUCCCCAAACACUCGAUCACUUCAACUAUAAACCUGAGAGCUACACCACUUUUGAUCAAAGAUAUGCAAUCAAUUUCAAAUACUGGGGAGGUGCAAAGACUAAUUCCCCGAUUCUCGCGUUCCUUGGCGAAGAAUCAUCCAUGGAUUACGAUCUAAGUGUUAUCGGAUUCCUCACUGAUAACGCCCCUCGUUUUAAGGCUCUCCUGGUGUUUAUAGAGCAUCGCUACUAUGGAAAAUCAAUCCCUUUUGGAUCAACAGAAGAAGCAUUAAGAAAUGCAAGCUCUCUAGGGUACUUCAACUCGGCCCAAGCCAUAGCAGAUUAUGCUGCUGUGCUCAUGCUCAUCAAGAAAAACUUAUCUGCACAUCUUUCUCCCAUUAUUGUCAUUGGAGGGUCCUAUGGGGGAAUGCUUGCAUCUUGGUUCCGACUAAAGUAUCCACAUGUUGCUCUUGGAGCACUAGCUUCAUCGGCUCCUAUUCUUUACUUUGAUGACAUUGCACCACAAUCUGGAUACUAUUCUGUUGUCACCAAAGACUUCAAAGAAACCAGUGAGAGUUGCUACCAGACAAUAAGAAAAUCAUGGGCCAAAAUCGACAAAGUAGCUUCCAAGCCUAAUGGUCUUGCAAUCCUCAGCAAGAAAUUUAAGACCUGCAAACCUUUGAAGAGAACAUUUGAGUUGAAGGACUACUUGGACUCCAUAUAUGCAGAUGCAGCUCAAUACAACGAACCUCCAAUAAAUCGUGUGAGAAUAGUGUGUGGAGGCAUUGAUGGAGCAUACAAGAGAACAGGAAUUCUUGGCCAAAUAUUUGCAGGUGUUGUGGCUUAUAUGGGAAACAGAUCUUGCUAUGACAUGAAUGAAUUCAAUGAAGAUACUAGUGAUCAAUCUCGUCGAUGGAGAUGGCAAACGUGUAGUGAGAUGGUGAUGCCAAUUGGGCAUGAUGACAAAGACACUAUGUUCCCACCAGCACCCUUUAAUCUAAGCAGCUACAUCAAUUCCUGCAAGAACUUGUUUGGAGUUCCCCCUCAGCCUCACUGGCUCACAACUUAUUAUGGCUGCCAUGAUUUAAAGUUGAUUCUCCGUAGGUUUGCCAGCAACAUCAUAUUCUCCAAUGGUCUCAAUGAUCCUCACAGCAGUGGAGGGGUGUUGACGAACGUAUCAGAUAGUAUUGUUGCAGUCACCACAGUGAAUGGAUCUCAUUGCCUAGAUAUACUUCCAGCUAAAGAAACUGAUCCAGAAUGGUUGGUCGCACAGCGAAAUACUGAGGUCGAGAUCAUCCAAGGCUGGCUCUCUAAAUACUACUAUGACCUCCAUGACUUUAAAGAACAAACUCAUGUUUGAUCAUAAUUCAUAUCAUAAUACAUAAAAGCCACUCUAACUUUAAAGAUUUUGAGGAUUUAUAUAUAUGCAAUAAUUGUAAAAUCUUCAAAUUUUGAAUCUUAUAUAUUAUAAUACGAAUGUCCAAUAUGAUUAAUUAGU